GACGGAUGCCAGUGAGUCAGAGCGAGAGUGAGCGAAGCAUAGGACGGCUCGAGUUCAACCCGACAAAACAACUCUACAAAGUAACCUUCUUCUUGUUCAACACUCGGAUUUUUUCGUCCUUAUCUGUCACCUGGAAUGAAAUGCUUUUACGUGGAUGACUCGAAAGAUCAGGUCGAGAUCCCACCUGGCGUCUCCAAACUGACACGUGUGUCCCAGCUUGAGCUGCCCGGCUCAAGGGAGCACCUCUCCGAGAGUUCACCGCCAUGUCUUAACACCUCGCACUCACCUCUGAAAACCCUAUCCCCCCUUCCCUCUCUCUCCCCUCCCUCCCCCUCCUCCUCUUCCUCCCCCGCCCUCCCUGUAGAAACUCCCCAGUCUUUUGGAAACCAUAGUGCCUCCUUUGGAGAAAUGAGUCUGCAGCAGCAGGGGUCCGAGAGGGACCUUCCCUCCGCCACCUCUUCCGUCAGUCUGCCCUCCGUACGGAAGACGCCCAAAAAGCGCCGGAUCUCGUUGAGGUCGUUAUUUCGCCGACGUUGCGGCGAUCCCAAGUCUCGCAAGUCACGGGCGCUUGCCGCCGGAGUGGACGCCAUCGCCAGCGUCGAGAGCGUGCACUCGGAAAUGUGCCAGCAGCAGGAUCACGUCUCCGCUCUUUCUGUGCCUGGCGCGGCCUCCACGUCAUCUUCAUCAUCCUCGGCCUCAACCUCGGAGCUGCUGGAAUGCCCGCUGUGCCUGCUGCGCCACACCCGAGACCGUUUCCCUGACAUCAUGACAUGCCACCACCGCUCCUGUGCUGACUGUCUCCGGCAGUACCUGCGCAUCGAGAUAUCUGAGAGCAGGGUCAACAUCAGCUGCCCCGAAUGCUCUGAACGCUUUAACCCCCACGACAUCCGCAUGAUACUCAAUGACCGAGUGCUUAUGGAGAAGUACGAGGAGUUCAUGCUGCGCCGGUGGCUGGUGGCGGACCCUGACUGCCGCUGGUGCCCUGCUCCAGACUGCGGGUAUGCAGUCAUUGCCUUUGGUUGUGCCAGCUGUCCGAAAAUCACGUGUGGUCGUGAGGGCUGUGGAACAGAGUUUUGUUACCACUGCAAACAGCUGUGGCACCCAAACCAGACCUGUGACGCCGCCCGACAGCAGAGAGCCCAGAGCCUCCGACUGAGACCCUUCAGAUCAUCUUCACUCAGCUAUAGCCAGGAGAGCGGCGCUGCUGCUGAUGACAUAAAGCCAUGUCCUCGCUGUGCGGCCUACAUCAUUAAGAUGAAUGAUGGGAGCUGUAAUCACAUGACCUGUGCUGUAUGUGGCUGUGAGUUUUGCUGGCUCUGUAUGAAGGAGAUAUCUGACUUGCACUACUUAAGUCCUUCAGGGUGCACGUUUUGGGGUAAGAAGCCUUGGAGCAGGAAGAAGAAGAUCCUGUGGCAGUUGGGCACGCUGGUGGGAGCUCCGGUUGGCAUUGCACUGAUUGCUGGCAUUGCCAUACCUGCAAUGAUCAUUGGGAUUCCUGUCUAUGUGGGUAGAAAGAUUCAUAAUAGAUACGAGGGAAAGGACAUUUCAAAGCACAAGAGGAAUCUGGUGAUAGCAGGCGGGGUGACGCUGUCAGUGAUCGUCUCUCCAGUGGUAGCUGCCGUCACUGUCGGUAUCGGAGUGCCCAUCAUGUUGGCUUACGUCUACGGCGUGGUGCCCAUCUCUCUGUGCCGCAGUGGGGGUUGUGGUGUGUCCGCGGGGAACGGCAAAGGUGUGCGCAUCGAGUUUGAUGACGAAAACGAAAUGAACGUGGGCACCGGAGCAGCUGUGACUGACACCACUUCAGUAGCAGAGACCAGACAUAACCCCAGCAUCGGUGAGGGAAGUGUAGGUGGUCUGACGGGCAGUCUGAGUGCCAGCGGGAGCCACAUGGAGCGUAUCGGAGCAAUGAGAGAUAACCUGAGUGAGAACGCCAGCACCAUGGCCCUUGCUGGGGCAAGCAUCACCGGCAGCCUGUCGGGAAGUGCCAUGGUCAACUGCUUUAACAGGUUGGAGGUUCAAGCUGAUGUGCAGAAGGAACGCUGCAGUCUGAGCGGGGAGUCUGGCACCGUCAGUCUGGGGACAAUCAGCGAUAACGCUAGUACCAAAGCAAUGGCUGGAUCCAUUCUCAAUGCCUAUUUGCCUCUAGACAGAGAUGGCAACAGUAUGGAGGUGCAGGUGGAUGUGGAGUCUAAGCAAGGAAAGCUCAGGCACCACAGCGGCAGCAGCAGUAUGGACGACGGCGCAAGCGCUUGCCCUUCCGGCUGCCCUCACGACAGCAAGUGCGCCGCUUCCCGCUGGGCCAAGGAGCCUUCCUUAACCUCGUCUUCAUCUUCGGGAAAGAGAAGCAAAGGAAAGCUGCGCAAGAAAAGCGGAGGCAUCAAGUUCAACGAGACGCGCGAGGACAUGGACGCCCAGCUGCUGGAGCAGCGCAGCACCAACUCCAGCGAGUUGGAUUCGCCCUCUCUGAGCGGCAGCCUGCCGUCCGUUGCCGACUCGCACUCGAGUCAUUUUUCCGAGUUCAGCUGUUCAGACCUGGACGCGUGCAGGCCCCCCUGCUACGAGCCUCACGUGAGGCAUCCCAGCAUGGGUGGAGCGGUCAGCCCGCUCCCAGAGGUGGAGCACGAUCGAUUGGAGAACUGCCCCGUUUCUGGGAACUUCCACCAGGCGGCGGUAGCCUCUCUCACCCCAGAUGGGGCCGCAGAGCGCCCCCUGUGCUACAUUGCGGAGGAGAACGUGAGUUUAAUCUCGGGUGCGGCCCAAAGCUCACCUAAAGAGCAUAACAACAACCUCCCUCAGCCGGCUAGCCCUGUGCGUAACGCCUGUAUUCAAACGGAGAUAUAAGGCGACACCGAUUAAACAUCCACUCGCUUUCAGAUUAUAAAUCUUGCGGUGAUGAAUCGAAUGUUGAAGUAAUGCCACUAUUUACACUGGUCAAGGGCAGGACAUGCCUCAAGUUCAAUGUGACCGAAGGUUGCUAUGUGUUGAACUGUACAGGUUGUGUAAGGGCUGGGCUGAUACGUGGAUUCGGAAGGGGAACAGAUGAAUGUAUGGCGGCAAGUGAUGCACGGAUGAUGAUGAUGAUGUAGCUGUUUAUCACACAUGCCUCUAUUUCAGUGUUCAGGGUCGCUGUGAUCAACAACCUCACCAGUGAGGAACGAGUGUGUGGCUCACAAAGUACAUGUCCAGGUCAUAUUUUAAAGAAAGUGUUAUGAGUAUUAAGUCGUUUUUGGCAACAAUUACCCGCAGAUUUGUUUUGUGAUGGUUUAAUUGUAAUGCAGUAUUUUUUUUACUGUAUUACAAAAGCAUUUACUACCUUGAUGUAUAAAUAUUUUGAGAAUAUGUCAAACUCGGUUAUCCUAAAACAGCUGAAAUGAAGAAAUAUGACAUGGACAUGGACAUUCAGGCACCUUCAUCACACACAUACACACAUAUACGCUCAGUUAUCCGGCAUAUAGCUUUAGUUGGAGGAAUCUGCGUCUAAUCAAACAUAUAUAUAAAAAGGAAGGGGGUAUUCAGUGUCCCCAUGUUAUAGCCACGAGGGACCAGGCAGUAGAUGUCCUUUUCAUCAGCGAUUCUAUUAAAUGUUUGCGUUUUUAAUUUCUUGGGCUUUUUUCAAAGGUAUGAUUUUUCUCUGCUUAUUUUCCAUUUUUGGGAAAAGUUAAUAUGUUUAAGCCCUGUGUGGGGUGCUGGUUCAAGUUGAAGAGCAUGUGACGUGCUAGAUGAAGCUGUUUGGACGCCCCCUGCUGGACUUUUCACCAAACCCAUUUUAUUCCCUGGGGAAGUAAAUCAUUAAGAGAAAGUCCAGCAUUGUUUAGUGUUCUGCAAAAUAAUCCAUGUAAGGUAACUGUCCAACUCCUUUAAUGUUAAAGGCUAUGAUGUAAUCGCAUUUAGGUCGUUUCAAUCACCUUGCGAUUUUAAGUUAUUUUCUCGAUGUAUUUGUAUUGACUCAUGGUGCCUUUUGGAUCAUAAAAAGUAAGUUUGUUUCUCCAGUUUGUGUCUUAUUCAAAUGUAUUCGAGCUGACGUGAAUGUUGGUGAGGUGGAGUGGCAUCAGUAGAAACGUUUCACAAUCUGUCCCUGUGCUACACACACUAAACGGUUGGGGACUCGCAACUGACCGCUUACCAAAGACAGCACUCAGGCUCAUUUAUGAUGACUCCUCACACACUUCAACGGCACUCACGGUUUAGAGACUCGGCUGCCUCUGAGAGUCUGAAGCGUGUGUUUGCACUGUUCAUUCGUAGUCCCCCAUCAUGUACAGCCAGUGCAAGAAGAGAGGUUUCUGUUCGUCUGUCUCGCCGCCGUUCUGGUGCUGCUCCGUAAUCUCUCGGGACUGAUCCAACACCACAAGCUGCUUUUUGUUUGUUUCUUCGACUUUAAUUUUCCCGUUUAUGUUUCGAGCCUCCCUGCCCGUACCGGUAUGAAUAUUCAUUCAGAGGGUAGGGCUGAGUAUGAUUUCUAACUUGUUCAAAACAGCUUAUGAUAUUUGUAUAUUUGCUUUAUAAUAUGCGUGUAAAUGCAUAUCUAAAUGAAAAUAAAAAAAUGAAUCCAGA